UGAUCAUUGUGAUGGUGGCAGGAGCGGCGGCGGCAGCGGCAGCCCAGCCGAGCGUUAGGGGCUGCUCUCCGCGCGGCGUUUUGCAAAGGACUUCACCGAUCUACUUUUGCAAUCGCCUCGGACUGUCCCUGUGUUUACUUCCCCCAGCCCGAGGAUUCGAUAUCUAGGUUCCUGUGAAAUGCAACUGAGCAGCCAAAGUACUUUGAGAACACGGGGCGGCAUAAACACCAAAACUUUUUUGUGGAAGGAAAAUGCAAUAAGCAAGCUUGCCGUUUGCCGAUGCGGUGUGGAGUGAGUGUGUGUCGUGCGUGUCCGCACUGGAGGCAUAUGCUUGUGUGUGUAUAUGGGGUGUGUUUUUCGGUACGUAGGGAGAAAAUGCUUGCCAACCACCGGAAAUCUCCUGGAAUUUAUUAGAAAAUAAUGGAUUAUAAAAAGAAGGCAGGCGAAGAGCGGAUCUCCCCUUGAGUUGCAACCUGAUUUGCUGCUGGCUCAGUUUGUUGUGAUUCUUUUUGUUGAUAGGUGUCUGAUGGUAUUCCGAUAACACCCCCCUUUUUUCCCUCGAGCUUUACAGUUUAAAAAAAGGAAACAAAAACCGCCCCAAAAUCUCUCCCCCUUUUUUUUUCGCCCCGUCGGAAUCGCUGUUUCCAUCCAUGUGCUUGCGUCUCCCCCGCGUUCCAUUUAAACUAUUUUAAUCCUUGGACCCAAGGAGGAGGCUGAUAGGGGGGUGGAUAAAAAAAGUUCUUCCAAAAUAGUGUGCCCGGGGAGCAGGAUGGGGGAUUUCGCAGCCCCCGCUGCUGCCGCGAAUGGCAGUAGUAUUUGCAUCAACAGUAGCCUGAACAGCAGCCUCGGCGGGGCCGGGAUCGGUGUGAAUAAUACUCCCAAUAGUACUCCCGCUGCUCCGAGUACCAAUCACCCCGCUGCCGGCGGUUGCGGCGGCGGCGGCUCCGGGGGCCCCGGCGGCGGCUCGGCGGCUGUUCCCAAGCACAGCACCGUGGUCGAGCGACUCCGCCAGCGCAUCGAGGGCUGCCGGCGACACCACGUCAACUGCGAGAACAGGUAUCAGCAGGCUCAGGUGGAGCAGCUGGAGCUGGAGCGCCGGGACACCGUGAGCCUCUACCAGCGGACCCUGGAACAGAGGGCCAAGAAAUCGGGCGCCGGCACUGGCGGCGGCAAGCAACAGCACCCGAACAAACCCCAGCAAGAUGUGGAGACUGCCUCGGCUGAGCAGAGGAACCACACGUUGAUCAUGCUACAAGAGACUGUAAAAAGGAAGUUGGAAGGAGCCCGAUCACCACUUAAUGGAGACCAGCAGAAUGGUGCUUGUGAUGGGAGUUUUUCUCCAACUAGUAAGCGAAUCCGAAAGGACAUUCCUGCUGGGAUGGAAACCAUUAACAGUUUGCCCAACAACAUGCCACUGCCUUCAGCUUCUCCUCUCCACCAACUUGACCUGAAGCCUUCUUUGCCCUUGCAGAAUAGUGGAACACACCCUCCUGGGCUUCUAGAAGAUCUGGGUAAGAAUGGUAGGCUCCCAGAGAUUAAACUUCCUGUAAAUGGUUGCAAUGACUUGGAAGAUAGCUUCACCAUCUUGCAGAGCAAGGACCUCAAACAAGAGUCUCUAGAAGACCCUACUGGCAUAGACACAUCAGAAACAUCGCUUUCAAAUCAGAACAAGCUGUUCUCAGACAUUAACCUGAAUGAUCAGGAGUGGCAAGAAUUAAUAGAUGAAUUGGCUAACACAGUUCCUGAAGAUGACAUACAGGACCUGUUCAAUGAAGACUUUGAAGAGAAGAAGGAGCCGGAAUUCUCCCGGCCAGCGACUGAGACCCCCCUCUCCCAGGAGAGUGUGAGUGUGAAGAGUGACCCCUCUCACUCUCCUUUUGCACAUGUCUCCAUGGGAUCUCCCCAAGCCAGGCCUUCUUCUUCUGGCCCUCCCUUUUCUACUGUUUCCACAGCCACUAGUUUACCUUCUGUUGCCAGCACUCCUGCAGCUCCAAACCCCACCAGCUCACCAGCAAACUGUGCUGUCCAGUCCCCUCAAACUCCAAACCAAGCCCACACUCCAGGCCAAGCUCCACCACGGCCUGGAAAUAGUUAUCUCCUUAAUCCAGCAGCAGUGACGGUGGCAGGUUCAGGGUCAGGCCCUGUGGCUGUGCCCAGCUCUGACAUGUCUCCAGCUGAGCAGCUUAAGCAGAUGGCUGCACAGCAACAGCAAAGGGCCAAACUCAUGCAACAGAAGCAGCAGCAACAACAACAACAGCAGCAGCAGCAACAACAGCAGCAACAGCAGCAACACUCAAAUCAAACUUCAAGUUGGUCUCCCUUAGGGCCUCCAUCCAGUCCAUAUGGAGCCGCCUUUACUACAGAAAAACCAAAUAGCCCAAUGAUGUACCCCCAAGCCUUUAACAACCAAAACCCCAUAGUGCCUCCAAUGGCAAACAACCUGCAAAAGACGACAAUGAAUAACUACCUCCCUCAGAAUCACAUGAAUAUGAUCAAUCAGCAGCCAAAUAACCUGGGUACAAACUCUUUAAACAAACAGCACAGUAUUCUUACUUACGGCAACACUAAGCCUCUGACACAUUUUAAUGCAGACUUGAGUCAGAGAAUGACACCACCAAUGGCCAAUCCCAACAAAAACCCCUUGCUGCCGUAUCUCCAGCAGCAGCAACAGCAGCAGCAGCCGCCGCCUCCACCACACCUCCAGGCUCCUAGGGCACACCUGACUGAAGACCAGAAACGCAUGCUUCUCAUGAAGCAGAAAGGAGUGAUGAACCAGCCCAUGGCUUACACUGCACUUCCAUCCCAUGGUCAGGUAAGUGCAAAAGUGAGACACACUUCGCGCAGUUCUUGUGGUGCAUUUCAGACUGUCAACGUGUGAUGCGCGCCAGUCUUCAGCUGUACCUUACCCGUUGCCGUUGAGUCAGUUCCACCUCAUAGCGACCCUAUAGGACAGAGUAGAACUGCCUCAUAGGGUUUCCAAGGCUGUAAUCUUUAC